AUGACUCCUCCGCGACUGGCCUCCCCGCCCAAGUGUGACUGCACCAAAGUCAAGAGCAUGACCAUCUCAGCCCCCGACCCCUUCUCCAAACUGUUCUGCUCCAGCUGCGCCUCGACCAAGUCGCCUCGUCAACAGCAUCGCAGCCAACCGAGCGUUGCCCGCGGAUGA